AUGGCAACUCCACCACAGCCAGUUGCAAGCGAGCCGCAUCCCGUUGAUCCACAAAAUCAUUCUAUCGAUGAGGCUGCCCAUAAAUACCUACUUGAUCACAUUAAAGACGCAAAAACCCCUUCAUACACAAGUUGGUACGAUAGUGAAAACAUCCACGACAUUGAAAAGAAAUCGCUUCCAGAAUUUUUUUCAGGGAAAAAUAGGUCUAAAACUCCCGUUAUCUACAAGAAUUAUCGCGAAUUUAUGAUCAACACCUAUCGAUUGAACCCCAAAGAAUACUUGACCGUCACGGCGUGUCGACGGAACCUGGCUGGCGACGUGUGUGCCAUCAUCCGGGUCCAUGGAUUUUUGGAACAGUGGGGAUUGAUCAAUUACGAUAUCGAUGCUAGAACAAGACCAUCCAACGUUGGGCCGCCUUUCACUGGCCACUUUCGCAUCACUGCCGAUACACCACGUGGAUUGCAGCCUUUCAAACCAAGCAUUACACCAGCAUAUACCGGUCAACAGAGAACACAUACGACAAAAGGCUCAUCUCCACUCGAAAUGAAUGUCGAGUUACGUCAACAGGUGUAUGAUAGCAUCGAAAGCGGUGUGGGUGGUAACGCUAUCAUUUGCUUCACUUGCGGUGACGAUUGUACAUCACAACGAUAUCACAGUCUCCGAACAAAGGGACUUGAUGUGUGUCCAAGAUGCUUUAACGAAGGUCGAUUUCCUAGUACAUCCCAGAGUGGCGAUUUCGUCAAGCUUGAACCUAGCAAAUUUAAGCACAUGGUUGAAGAAGAUUGGUCGGAUCAAGAGAUACUCUUGUUGCUGGAGGGUGUUGAGCUGUACGAUGACGACUGGAACUCGGUGGCCGACCACGUUGGAACUCGAACUCGUGAACAAUGCAUCAUGCAAUUCUUGCAAAUUCCUAUUGAAGAACCUUACCUGAGUAACACGGCGGCUACCUCAGCCGACAAGUCAGACAUCACUCGAUACCAACGUAUGCCAUUUUCACAGGCCGACAACCCAGUCAUGUCGAUCGUUACCUUCCUCGCCUCUACUGUCAAAGCUGAAGUAGCUGCGGCGGCUGCUGAUUCGGCUAUCAAACGAAUUGAAGCCAAGAAAGCGCAACAGCAAAGUGAAGAUACAAUGGAUCUCGAUGAUGUAAAAGUAUCGACCGACGACGACAAGAUGGACGAAGAUGAAGGUGAACAAGAAGUGCCUGGCGAUUCCAAGACGAAGAAUUUACCAAAGAAUGAAGUUGAAAAGGUCGCUGCCGUAGCGCUUGGUUCAGCUGCUGCAAAAGCCAAAGUUCUGGCUGACAAUGAAGGUCGAGAGAUCCAGCGCUUAGUCAAUACGGUGGUGGAAACUCAGCUUAAGAAAUUGGAACUCAAGAUGGCUCAUCUCUCAGAACUGGAAGGUUUAAUAGAGGAUGAAUUGGAUUUAUUGGUCACUCAGCGAAUGCAACUGUUUAGUGAAGCCCUUGCGGUCAAGAAGGCGACGAUACACCUUCAAAAAGAAAUUGGUGACAAAUCUAUACCUGAAGCAGUGGAUGCGGGUUUGACGAAUGAAAAGGUACACUCCAUCAUUGCCGAACAUGGUCAAGCUGAUGCCUACAGGCUGGUUCCCGUCACUGCUGGCAGCGAGGAGACAUUCCAAUUACCCCAAAACAGCGAUGAUGGUGUAGCCAUGACAUGGUUGCAGCUGUAG